UGUGGGUGUAAAACAACAGUGCAGCCCCAGUAUGCAGGAAUCACGAGAAUGCACACAACGCCCACCAUGUCUUUCCUCAUCAUGCUGUAAUUGUCUCACUCAAGUCUCACAACAAGCAGGCAGACUCCAUAUGCAGAUGUAAGAAGCAGCAGGCAAAGGAAGAAUGAGCGUGUUUGACCGUCUGUCACCUUUAAUCCCCCGGCUGUCGGCCUCUUCCAAACAAGCAAAAGACCAUUCUCAUCUUCCUCAUCCUCCUCAUCCUUUGUCUGCUCCUCUCACAAGGAAAGGGAUUGACUUUCCCUCGCUUGGACUUGAGGACGUCACCCAAAGUAAUCAAAAGAAGCAGUCAGGUGCUGGCAGCAUGACACCUUUUGAACCUGUUUGUUCACCCGUGUGUCGAUAUGACGGACAAAUGAAUAUACGAAAUCCUCCAAAGCCGGCUUUCAUCAUUCCUGCAAGGAAAAACGCCUCCACUUCUGACCCUCUUCAACUAAAGCCAAGCCUUGUACUACAAGGCCACCACUCACAUCCGUCUGCAUUACCGGAGGAGACUGAGUUCCAAGCCAGACGGAAGAGUCACGAUCCCAAAGCAUUAUUGGACUCCACUAAUAGAGCCCAGUGUUUGCAGUGUGAUCCUCAGUCUGGAUAUGAUGAGAAAAGGCACUCUGAGAACAAAGUAGUUAGGCAGAUAGCUCCUUUAAAGUCUGUAGUCAGCACUGAGGCCUGGGGAUUGCACUCAAGGGAAGAUCUCGCUGUCGAAAACACUAAAUGGACAUUAUCAGACACAUCAGUCAACAUUGAACGCGUAGAGAAGAAAAGAUUUGUGUCUAAGCCUGAUGUUGAGUUUGAUCAGGAUCAUGGCACUCAAUCACGAGACAAGGCUCGAACAAUGCAAGCUCCCUGGCCAACGUACAAAAAAAACUUUAUUAAGACAUGUCUGGUGCAUCCCGUUCAAACAGCUUGUGCACCACUCACUGGAAUUUCACCUCCAAAUGUCAAUGAAGUGAGCUACUUUCUAAAAGGAACCUACUGCCACGAAGAUACCGCGAGAUUCCGAGAACAUCCCGCAAACCUCGACGAGGAACUCUUUGUUGGACCAUCAAAACGGAUUCGUCUUCCAGAGGAGGAACCAGAGGAGCCCUAUUACGUCAGCAUUUAUUACCCGGAUUCAGUGUAUGAGGAAAUGUCGGACAUAGUCCCUCCAGAAGUGAGACCCAAACCGGCCGUCCCUGCUAAGCCUCCGAAUGUGGGCGCUCCCUCCCCCUCCAAUCCCUUCCCGCCUCAAGGCCCAAAUUUAGGAGGCCCGGCAGGAGUGGGUGUGUCAGCCCCACCUCCAAGUGCCAUCCCGGUGCCCAUCGGGAUUCACGGGGCCAGCCAUGCAGGCUCUCACGCCGUCAGUCACGCCUUGAGUCAUGGUGUAAGUCACGGUGCGGCACACAUUGGUGGUCACGGUCACAGUACCUCGAACAGCACCAGCGGGGGGUCCACUCUACUGGGGUACAUAGGUAUCGACACCAUCAUCGAGCAGAUGAGAAAGAAGACCAUGAAGGCGGGCUUUGACUUUAACAUCAUGGUUGUGGGUCACAGUGGUCUGGGGAAGUCGACUCUGGUGAACACCUUGUUUAAGUCCCAGGUGAGCAGGAGGAGUGCAGGCUGGUCCCGCGAUGACAAGAUCCCAAAAACUGUGGAAAUUAAAUCAGUGUCUCACGUUAUUGAAGAAGGUGGUGUGAAAAUGAAGCUUACUGUUGUCGACACUCCAGGCUUUGGGGACCUAAUCAAUAACAACAAUUGCUGGGAGCCCAUUUCCAAGUAUAUCAAUGAACAGUAUGAGAAGUUCCUUAAAGAGGAGGUGAAUAUCACUAGAAAGAAGCGCAUCCCAGAUACCAGAGUGCACUGCUGCCUUUAUUUCAUCUCCCCGACUGGACAUUCACUGCGGCAGCUCGAUAUAGAGUUCAUGAAACGCUUGAGUCAUUCUGUCAACAUCAUUCCUGUGAUUGCCAAGGCCGACACCAUGACCCCCGAAGAGAGACAGGAGUUCAAACAACGGGUUAAGAAGGAGCUGGAGAUGAACGGCAUUGAGUUUUACCCACAGAAAGAGUUUGACGAGGACAUGGAGGACAAGAGCGACAACGACAAGAUCAGAGAGGCGAUGCCCUUUGCUGUAGUGGGUAGUGACAAAGAAUAUCAAGUGAAUGGCAAGCGGGUUUUGGGGAGAAAGACUGCAUGGGGAGUUGUAGAAGUUGAAAAUACAAAUCACUGCGAGUUUGCCCAGCUGAGGGACUUCCUCAUAAGGUCCCACUUACAAGACCUGAAGGAGGUGACUCAUAAUAUUCACUAUGAAACAUACCGUGCCAAGAGACUCCACGAGAACGGAGGCCUGCACCCAGUUGACGGCCAGGAAAGCAACCUGUGAUCAGUCAGUGUUGUCGUACAAUUUCAGUGAUGCUGAUAGAUGUGUAUGCGAUCAUAACUGCCAUUGCUGCAUGCUUGAAACACACUUAAAUGUGUACCUAUCAGUGUCAUUAAAUGUUUUGAUUUUUUUCUUUUAAUGUCCCCGCUUUGUCAAAGAAAGUAAAUAUUUGGGAGUGCCAACCAGAAUCUUGAUGCCAUGACACAAAAGACUGCCAAUGACUUGAAAGUGUUUGUAGAUUAGUUAAAGCUUAAGCGGUGUCUCAGAGGAAAUGUGUAAGUCGUUAUUUGGUUUGUGGAUGUUUGGUGACUGAUGGACAUAUAGGAUUUCUUAACUUUUUUAACCACAAUUUUCACUAAUUCCUGUCUCAUGUCGACAUUAAAUCACAUUUAUCAUAAUUAAAUGAAAAUGUGAGCACAUACCUCAAAGCUGAGAUGUAAGAUGUCCACACGAAUCAACAGAAAGUGCUCAAACCUGUGCCAAGUUGAUAUAAUUAAAUAUUUCAAUGCAUUUAACAUAUGUUCAACGCAUUAUAAUGCAUUUUAUUAGGAUUCAACUAACCGAAGCUGAGGGCUCUUGAGCAAGGGCGUAGAUUUGGUCUCAACAUUGCUAUUACAGCAUAUCCUGCAUAUACACCUUUUGUUGGGGACGGGACAUUAAUAAAACCAAACAGAUUGGGUGAACGGGGGUCAGGGCUACAUUUCUCAGAAAUAUGCUGAUGUGUUGCCUACGUAAAAAUGAAAAAAGUUUCAUUUAUUUUCAUAGGGGAAAUCUCGCCUUCUUCAUAUCAAGGAAAUUUACAGUGGUUGUGUUGCGGCAGAAAACACAUACAUUACAGGAGGACACUUUAAUCUGCUUCCUACUCAAGUUUUAGGAUAGCAAGUUCACACAGUUUAAUGUAAUGCUAACUGUGAUGCAGGUUGGACUUUCAGUAGCAAAACUAGUGGCAUGUUCCCCACCUCCACAACAUUGACGUCUACUUACAGUGGCUGCUGCUGCAGCUGGCUGAAAAAAAAAUUCUAUUAUCCCUCUUCUUUGAAAGGGGUAGAGGAAGCGGCAUGUUGACAUGUAUAUCUGUCGGGGUUGUGUGAGUGUGCGUGCUUGUUUGUUCUAGUUAUCAGCCAAUCACUCGUGCGUUUGAGGGGAAAAAAUGGACAGGCACAUUCAGCCAGUGAAAAGGGGUAAAUGUAAGUCUGAACAUAAUAAAAAUACUGUAAUUCACUUAAUAAUGGAAGGGUCAAUUCUAUUCUUACAACAUAUGGGAACGACACAAUAAAUUAUUAUCAUUAAUAAUUUUCAUCAAUUAUGAUCAUUAUAUAGUGAAAGUACCUGCUACUAAACUACAACAAACCUACGCCCUUGCUCUUGAGUUAUAAGAUUCCCCCCCCCUCAAAAAAGUGACGUCAUCAAAAUGCCAUUCUCCUAUCUACCACAUGGGGGCAGCCCUCUACUAUUAUUCUAUUCGUUGGAUCCUCUUCUGAGUUUUUCAAUGACCUCGUAUGUUGUUAUAUUUGUAGUCACAUAGUAUUGAUUAAUAAUAUGCCCAGAAAUUCAUUAUUAAUCAUCACUCGUGAGAUUUUAAAAUACACUAUCUCACAACAAAGUUGUUGGGUGUUUACUCAGUCUUGACAGAGUAAACAGUUCUUAAACGGACUUUUUGCCGUAGUGCACAAAUAUGCCAAGACUAUGUUUAUCAUUCAGGUUGUCUUUUAUUUAUCAAUAAUAAGAAUCAUUAUUUUAGACAAACGUGAACAUUUAUGUGAUCUUGAUUUGAGAUGUGAUCAUGUCUGUUACAAACGAGACAAUAGAGUUGGGGAUUUUUGUAAAAAAUCAGUGCGACAACUGUUUGUUUUUUAUUUGUUUACUUGUGCAUGCUAUAAUCCAAAUGGUCUGUGUGCCUAACCAAUAAACCAUUUAUGGACAUCUAUGAUUAAGUUGAAUACAGUACCUGGAAUAAAACACUGUUGUUUCCAGUUAAUGUGGCAGCCAACAAUAAACCGAUUGCUCAUC